GUUCCACAGAACAGAACAGUAUCAAAUAACCAACUCCAUCCCCAACAAUGGUCCUUGCUGUUGGCAUUUGCUUAAUCAGUCUUUAAUUCCUGUUUGACAAACUUUAUAAGGUGCUACAAGACAGAUGACUUUUCACCAUCUACCAUAAUGUGGAACAGAUAUUUUGUCUUCUAUCUCCUGCUUUUGCCAGCUUUUAUGAGUCAAACAAUACAUGGACAAAGAAAGAAAGGAACAAAGUCCAAUUUACUGGCAAGGAAAAAUGGUCUCCAGGACUCUACUUGCUUCAUAGAUGUUGUCUUCAUUGUGGACAGCUCCGAAAGUUCUAAAAUUAUUCUCUUUGAUAAACAGAAAGACUUUGUGGAUAGCUUGAGUGACAGGGUUUUCCAGUUGACCCCCGUUCGCUCCUUGAAAUACGACAUCAAACUGGCAGCGCUUCAGUUUAGCAGCUCUGUCCAAAUUGAUCCAUCUUUUUCUUCUUGGAAGGAUCUACAGACUUUUAAACAGAGGGUCAAGUCUAUGAAUUUCAUUGGGCAAGGCACCUUCUCUUACUAUGCCAUCUCCAAUGCGACUGGGCUACUUAAGAGAGAAGGGCGUAAAGAUGGUGUGAAGGUGGCUUUGCUGAUGACCGACGGCAUUGACCAUCCAAAGAAUCCAGAUGUUCAGAGUAUUUCUGAAGACGCCAGAACUGCAGGAAUAUUAUUUAUCACCAUUGGACUUUCCACUGUAGUCAACGAAGCCAAACUUCGUUUGAUAUCUGGGGAUUCAUCCAGUGAACCCAUUCCACUGUUAAGUGAUCCAACCCUUGUAGAUAAAAUUCGAGAUCGCCUGGAUAUCUUAUUUGAAGAGAAGUGCGAACACAAGAUUUGUGAAUGUGAGAAGGGGGAUCCAGGCGACCCAGGGCUUCCUGGUACACACGGAAACCCAGGUAUUAAGGGUGAUCGAGGACCAAAAGGAAACCCGGGUGAUGCUCAAAAAGGGGAUCCUGGAGAAAGAGGCCCAGGGGGAAUUCCUGGGUACAAAGGUGAGAAGGGGGAAAAUGGAGAAUGUGGCAAACCAGGAAUAAAAGGUGACAAAGGAUCCUUAGGACCACAUGGACCAAAGGGACCAAGAGGACUUCAGGGCAUUAGUGGACCUCCAGGGGAUCCAGGUCUGAAGGGAUUUCAAGGCAAUAAGGGUGAACCAGGUCCCCCUGGUCCUUAUGGUCCUCCAGGAGCUCCUGGUAUUGGACAACAAGGAAUUAAGGGGGAAAGAGGUCAGGAAGGAAGAACAGGGGCUCCGGGACCGAUUGGCAUUGGGGAGCCAGGCCAGCCAGGUCCCCGUGGUCCUGAGGGAGUACCAGGAGAGAGGGGCUUACCAGGAGAAGGAUUUCCAGGACCAAAGGGUGAAAAAGGCUCUGAAGGACCAAUUGGCCCACAAGGAUUACAAGGCCCGUCAAUCAAAGGGGACAAGGGGGAUUUGGGACCUGUGGGACCCCAGGGACCAAUGGGCAUCCCCGGAAUCGGGAGUCAAGGGGAACAGGGAAUCCAAGGUCCUAUGGGUCCACCUGGUCCACAAGGGCCUCCAGGACAAGGCUCACCUGGUCCCAAGGGAGAAGUAGGCCAGACAGGAGCUACGGGGCCUAGAGGGCCGGUGGGAGUUGGAGUACAAGGCCCAAAGGGGGAGCCAGGCUCAAUAGGACUCCCAGGACAACCAGGAGUACCCGGAGAGGACGGAGCUGCAGGGAAGAAGGGAGAAGCUGGGCUCCCCGGAACAAGAGGCCCAGAAGGACCACCUGGAAAAGGACAACCUGGCCCCAAGGGUGAUGAAGGAAAGAAAGGGAGCAAAGGAAAUCAAGGACAGAGGGGAUUUCCGGGGCCUGAAGGGCCAAAGGGUGAACCAGGAAUUAUGGGCCCUUUUGGGAUGCCUGGAGCAUCAAUUCCUGGACCACCUGGGCCAAAGGGAGAUAGAGGAGGACCGGGGAUCCCUGGAUUUAAAGGAGAACCUGGAAUUGCUGUUCGAGGACCAAAGGGGGCCCAAGGACCUCAGGGACCAGUGGGUGCUCCAGGACUCAAAGGGGAUGGCUAUCCUGGUGUGGCUGGACCUCGGGGACUACCAGGACCCCCUGGACCAAUGGGCUUACAUGGAGUGGGGGACACUGGCGCAAAGGGAGAGCCUGGUGUCAGAGGCCCCCCAGGCCCCGCUGGGCCUCGGGGCCUAGGAACCCAAGGGCCCAAGGGAGAUAUUGGGCAGAAAGGCUUGCCUGGCCCUCCUGGAGCCCCUGGCUAUGGAUUACAAGGAAUUAAAGGUGAGCAAGGACCUCAAGGCUUUCCAGGGCCAAAGGGCACGACAGGCCGUGGCCUCCCUGGCCAGAAGGGAGAGCAUGGAGAACAAGGAGCUAUGGGAAAGAAAGGUGAUAAAGGGGAAAUUGGGGAGCCCGGAUCCCCAGGAAGACAGGGGUUACAAGGACCAAAGGGAGACGUAGGACUCACAAGAGAAGAAAUUAUCAAAAUUAUUUUUGAAAUAUGUGGGUGUGGGCCCAAAUGCAAAGAGACUCCUCUAGAGCUGCUCUUUGUGAUUGACAGCUCCGAAAGCGUGGGGCUGGAGAACUUUGAGAUCAUCAAAAGUCUUGUGAAGACUCUGUCCGACCAGGUUGCUCUGGACCUCGCUGCGGCCCGCGUAGGCAUAAUCAACUACAGCCAUAAGGUGGAGAAGGUGGCCCAUCUGACUCAGUUCUCCACCAAGGAUGACUUCAAGCUGGCUGUGGACCGCAUGCAGUAUCUGGGGGAAGGCACCUACACAGCCUCAGCCCUCCACGAAGCCAACCACAUGUUUGAAGCCGCAAGGCCAGGCGUAAAGAAGGUGGCCUUGGUCAUCACUGAUGGGCAGACUGAUACCCGAGAUGAAAAGAAUCUGACGGAAGUGGUGAAGAAAGCCAGUGACAUCAAUGUGGAAAUAUUUGUGAUUGGGGUAGUGAAGAAAAAUGACCCCAACUUCGAAGUGUUUCACAAAGAAAUGAAUCUCAUUGCUACUGACCCAGACAGUGAGCACGUUUAUCAAUUCGAUGACUUCAUUACCCUGCAAGACACCCUGAAGCAAAAAUUGUUUAAAAAAAAGUGUGAGGAUUUUGAUUCCUACCUCAUUCAAGUUUUGGGUUCACCAUCACUUCAACCUGGAAUUGGGAUAUCAGGGGAAGAACUUGGCAAAUCCACUCCAGAGCCUCAGAAAGAAAUUUCAGAGUCUGUCAGUGUCUCUGGAGUCCAGGAUGAAGAGAAUGAGCCUCUAGAACCUACCAGGGCUGACAGCCUGACCAGCAGUCCUUCACCUGAGGCUGCUUCCACCGAGGGGCCAUUGCUCGGCCUCCCCGAGGAUGGGGCAGAGGGUCUAGAAACCAGAACUCCAAGUCCCGUUUUGGAUUCACAUCCAGAAAAGUUGGUGCACAAAGAUCCUAGAUGCCUGGAAGCCCUAAAGCCAGGAAACUGUGGCGAAUACGUGGUUCGAUGGUAUUAUGACAAACAGGUCAACUCCUGUGCCCGCUUUUGGUUCAGUGGCUGUAAUGGCUCAGGAAAUAGAUUCAACAGUGAACAGGAAUGUCAAGAAAUCUGCGUUCAAGGAUGAGUAAGCCUAUGGCCCUCAUUCAAGUCUGGCAGUACAAAAGAGGACACUCAAGGAAGAGGGAGCUGGAGGAACAGCCAUCUUAACAAAAAUGAUUUUGUGUGGUUUAAUUAAAAUCUUAUUAGGUAAUAUUUGGUACCACAAAAGAAUAUAUGCAAUAUACUUGUAAGUUACCAAACAUGAUGAUAAGAUAAACAACAGUGAACAUAUCAUACUGACAACGAACCAAACACAGUCAAUUCUGUUGAAGUUUCCUGUGUGGACUUCUCCAAUCCCAGCCCCCAGUUUCCUGCCAGGGAUAACUCAUCUUGAAUUUUGUGUUUACCAUUUCACUUUUUUUUACAUGUAAUCUUAUAUGUAAAAUCACAUAUACCCCUAUAUAGCUCUACACAGUACACAGUCUUGCAUAUUUUAGAGCUUUAUAAAAAUGGGGUCAUAUUCUAGUCUCCUGCAACGUGCUAUUUCCAUUCAAUAUUAUAAUUAAAACAUGUUUUACCAUAUCUAAAUGUAUUCCUAAGUAACUUAUUAUUUACCUCUUUUAAACUUUAGAAAAUUUGUUUCAUAAUAUGUAAUUCUUUGCAACUUGGUGUGCCAUUACGUUAUAAUCCAUACAUGUCCAUUUACUUUCAAAGUUGUAUCAUAUUUGUGUGAAUAUAUCACAACAUAUUUAACCAUUACCUUGUCUAUGAUUAAAUUGUUUCCAUUUUAUUUUCUCCCCCCUGGUCCAUCAGCGUUGCUAUGAAUGCUCUUACGCAGUUUUGGGUGCAUGGGUACCAGUGUUUUUCCAGGAUAUAUACCCUAAGCUGGAACUAUAGGGUUGCAAAACAUAUAAACAUUCAAAACUAGUAUAUUAUACCAAUUUUUUUCCCCAGACUGUUUGAACCAAUUCAUUACAAAGUUCCACCAGUUGU